UUCACCCCAAAAAAUUUUUUUUUUUUCAAAAAACCAGCUCACCGGAAUCUCAACAUUUUCUUUAUUUUCCGGCGAGUUUUUUAUAACCAAUGAAGGUGCUCAGCCCAACGCACCCACCGGCCAGGACUGAAGAUCUCUUUUCGGGGUUCUCCCCGCCGGGCACAUUCCGAGCUGGGUUUGCACGGAGGAGCGAAAGCAUGGCCACCACUCAGUCAUCAGAAAUUGUGGAAGAAGGUGGUGAAAAAGUGUACGUGGCCGUUGGAAAAUCAGUGGCUAAAGCUGUUGCUUUGCUUCAGUGGUGUUUUAGGACGUUCGUCGGUUCGGAAAUUUGCAUUCUUCAUGUUCACAAACCUUCUCCUUUGAUUCCCACUCUGCUGGGGAAACUACCAGCAAGUCAAGCAAAUCCUGAAGUGGUGACUGCAUUUAGGAAUGAGGAGUGGGAAACGACGGGAAAACUUCUGCAGAAUUACUUCAAAAUUUGCAGCACUUCCAAGGUUAAGGCAAGCACUGUUACCAGUGAAGCUGACCAAGUUCAAUUGGAGAUUGUGAAUCUUGUAAGCAGACAUGACAUUAAGAAGCUAGUCAUUGGAGCUAUUCCAGAUUGUUCGAAGUUGAAGAAAUGCUCCAGUAAAGCAAGUUAUGCAGCCAAAAUGGCUCCUCCCUUCUGCAAGAUAUGGUUCGUCAACAAAGGGAAAUUGGUCUGGACGAGACAAGAUUCUCAAAGCUCAAGUUCUUUUGCAUUAACCAGUCAACAAGAACUUGCAGCAGCAUCGAACUUAAGAUCUCAAUCUGCACCCUCUUCUAAGAGCAAUGAUAAUUAUCACCCAGAAUGUAUUCGAUCUAGAUCUGCUCAAUAUCCAGCUUGUUCAGGAACAAGAAAUUGUUUUCAGAAGGAAGGAGCUAAGGUGGAACCAUCUUCUCUUACUCUGCCAACUAGAUGCUAUCCAAGCACUUUUCAAUUCUUCAGUCCUGCAACUUUGAGCUCUAGCUCAGGAUAUGCUUCAUCUGCUGUAUCAAGAGUGUCUUCAGAUUCUAAUUCAAAAGUCGAGAAAGAGGGCUUAUAUGGUUGGCUUAAAGAACUUAAGAAAGAAGCUGAAGAAUCAAGGGAUGAAGCAGAUUCAGAGCUCUUGAUGUGUCAAAAAUUGGAAGCUGAAGCUGUAGAAGCCAUCAGCAAUGCCAAAGCUUUUGAAUCUGCUUAUGAACGGGAAGUCAAAAUUAGGAAAGAAGCUGAAGAAGAGCUUAGAACUACAAUACAGGAGCAAGAGAAGCUCUUAGAAGAAAGAGAGGUUUUAACUCGUGAGUUCCAAAAGGCCAUGAGAAAUAUAGCCGUUCUAGAUAGUCGUGCACAGGAAGCAAACUGCCGGUGUGAAGAUGUUGCUGGAGAACUGAAGCUUAUUCAAUCUUCACUGGCAAGAUUACAGCGGGAAAGGCAGAAAAUUCAGCAACAGAAAAUUGAAGCUGUGCAGUGGCUUGAUCACUGGAAAAGUGGCUCACAAGUCAAUGGUGAAAAUAUCAAUGGUCUUGUACAAUUUAGUGGAGAAUCAUUGGAAUUGGCAGAAUUUUCACUGUUGGAUUUGCAGGCCGCAACAUGCAAUUUUUCAGAGAGUUUUAAGAUUGGACGGGGAGGAAAUGGUGCAGUGUACAAAGGGGAGAUGUUGAACAGAACAGUCGCCAUAAAGAUGCUGCAUCCGCAUUCUAUACAAAAGCAACCUGAAUUUUGUCAAGAGGCUCAAAUUCUUGGAAGAGUGCACCAUCCUCAUCUGGUGACAUUAAUUGGCGUAUGUCCUGAAGCCUGGUCCCUUGUUUUUGACUACUUACCUGGUGGCAGCCUCCAAGAUCGCCUCUUCCACGGAAGUAAUGUUUGUCCCUUAGACUGGAAGACCCGAGUACGGAUUAUUUCUGAAAUUGCUAGUGGCCUUCUGUUUUUGCACUCUUCUGGUCCUGAAGGAAUAACUCAUGGCGAUUUGACACCUAAUAAUGUCCUACUAGACUCUGAGAACUGCUGCAAAGUUGGUGACUUUGGAAUUUUCAGAUUAGUACCAGAACAAACCCUUCGCUGCCCAAGUUUCCGUCGCAUCACUGAGACAAGAGGUGCUUUUCCCUACACAGAUCCAGAAUUUCAUAGGACUGGAAUCCUGACACCUAAAUCUGAUGUUUUCUCAUUCGGGCUGAUCAUACUUCAGUUACUCACUGGGAAACCUCCAGCUGGACUGGCCUGCGAAGUACGAAAAAUGGUCUGCUGUGGAAAAAUAACAGCAAUCUUGGAUUCAUCUGCAGGGGAGUGGUCUACAUUUGUUGCAAGGAGAUUGGUGGAGUUGGGGUUGCAAUGCUGUGAAUUGAAUGGAAGGGAUAGGCCUUCCAUCACGCCAACUCUGGUUAGGGAACUGGAGCAUUUACAUGUCUUGGAGGAGAGACUGGUGCCCUCUUUCUUCUUGUGCCCCAUUCUUCAGGAGAUAAUGCAUGACCCCCAGGUGGCAGCAGAUGGAUUCACCUAUGAAGGAGAGGCCUUGCGUGGCUGGUUGGAAAAUGGCCGUGAGACAUCUCCCAUGACCAAUUUGAAAUUAAGUCACUUGACUCUUACUCCUAAUCAUGCACUGCGGCUUGCCAUUCAGGAGUGGCUCUGCAAAUCUUAAGGUUCUGAAAUUUAUGUGACAUUUAUAUUCUUGUACAUGUAUAGAAGCGUAUAUCUAGAUCUAGCUUGAUGUUUGAGUAGAGUACAUAAAUCAUGUAAUUAGCAGCAGUUUCCCUUUUUGUUUCCCUUUCAUAGUUCGGAGUGUGACAGAAUACAUUCUGUUCAGGUUAGGCCAAUCAGGGACAACUAGAUAGGGAGCAACCUCUCAUUGUUACACAUUUCUUGUAUAAAACAGCUGAAUACAGUCAAUUGAAAAAAUCAGUCUCGCCAGGAACACGUACAUAUCUGCGAUGUUAAGCUAGAUAUCCUCUGAUUUUCUCUCAACUUGCUCAAAAAGAUGG